CGACGACUUUCACAUUCACUGCAUUCCAACCUUCGUGCACUCAAUUUGCAACUCAGCAUUGGAGCGUCGGUUUUCUCGCCUUGCAGUCCCAGGGAAUGAAUGAAUGAUGCCGCCAAAAGACGGUACGGUGCCACCGCACUUUGACGCCGCCAUCGACCCAAAUGCGGCCGCGAGGCAAUUCGCCCUGACCAUGUCCGAAGACGAACUCUACCAGCGGACUCUAGGGCUCUAUUACCCGUUCCUCGCCUACCCGCCUGAGCGCCCCAUGGUGUUCGUCAAGUUUGGUGGGCCCGAGAAGCAGGCCGAGGGAGACAUGCAGAGGCUCGCCUGCCACUGGCUACGCCAGCAACGCCAGAGGGAUCGCAAUAUCCAUGUUCCCGAAGUCUUCAAGGUCUUCAGUAAAACCAAUACCACUUUUAUUAUAAUGGAGCUUCUCGCAGCAGCCCAUAUUAAAGACUUUGCCAAAAUAUCCGACCCUAUCACCUGGAAGCAGAACGAGGCUCGCUACUACGAAAUGAUUACUGAGGGAAUCCGUUUGCUGAGCCUCAUGCCGGUCCCAGCAGACGCGACCCCUGGCCCAUACACCCGCGCCGAACGUUACAUCAAACACAUGCUCUUCAAAGGCCAGGAAGCCCCGGUCAUCUAUAAUACCAUUCAGGAUUUGGAAGACCACUUAAACAGGGUUGCCGAACUAGCAUACGACCAUGUGCCCGGCCCGCCACCCAAGGUCGCUCUCGAGAAAGAACUCGUUUUCUGCUACACCGAUUUCAAUGACGAAAACUUCAUGUUCGCCACUGACCCCGACGGCCGCACUCGUCUCUACAUUGUUGACUUCGAACACGCCUCGUUUCUACCGCUCAGCUUCCUCUCCUACGCUGUCUUGGGGCGCAAACCUCGCUGGUACACGGGCAGGAGGAUACGAGAGAAGCUGGGCCCCUCUCUCCCGCAGCACAAUAUUGAGGUUAUGAAAAGAAUAUCCUAUCUCUUCCAAAUAUGCACGACGAGUCUUGGAGUCGAAGAUAAAUAAUUAGUUUCCGACACUACACAGCAAUGCAUUGCUUGGUU